CUCGGGUCUUCGUGUAUAUGCUGUCUGGAAGGGCUGCUGGGGAGAGUGUCUAUGACUUGUCUCAUAUAAAGUGGGAAUAGUUGAAGGGUUGUUCAGUUAGACAGGACAUAAAGUAUAAUUUGGCCUGGUGGCACAGGCACGUAAUCCCAGUAUUCUGGGAGGCUGAAACAGGAGCUUCACAGGUUUGAGCUCUGCCUGGGCAAAGUAGCACUUAGCAAGAUCCUAUGGGAGACAAAGAAAAAAGAGAAAAAAAAGGCUGAGACUGUAUGUCGGUGUGAAGGCCCUGGAGUACGAUCCACAGUGCCCCCCCCACCAUAAAUUAUCAGAAAACUUGUUCGAAAACAUCUAGUGUGUUAAGAUUCACAAGGAAAAUAAAAAUGGCUGAAGCUGAUUUCCCCUGGUUAAAACUACUGCAAAUUGCAUUACUGGGAUUGACCCUCUACAGCCACCGUCCUAUGGCAAAUUGGAGCUUCAAGUCUCCUAGCAACAGGUCCUGGUCGAGCUGGAAGGGCAGUCACCAAGUUGAUAUCUGUCAAGAAACUUAGAUUGUACCUGGAAAGGCUGAAAUGGAGGUAUCAAUGCCCCUGCCUCAGAUCUAUGUAGAAAAAACUCUGGCAAUUAUCAAACCCGAUAUUGUUGACAAAGAGGAGGAGAUACAAGAUAUUAUUCUCAGAUCUGGAUUCACCAUUGUUCAGAGAAGAAAACUACACCUCAGCCCUGAGCACUGCAGUAACUUUUAUGUGGAACAGUAUGGGAAAAUAUUUUUCCCAAAUUUAACAGCUUACAUGAGUUCUGGACCACUAGUUGCCAUGAUAUUAGCUAGACACAACGCCAUCUCUUACUGGAAGGAACUUUUGGGUCCCAGUAAUAGUUUGGUAGCUAAGGAGACACAUCCAGACAGUCUAAGGGCAAUUUACGGCACAGACGACCUAAGGAAUGCACUGCAUGGGAGUAAGGACUUUGCUGCAGCAGAAAGAGAAAUUCGUUUUAUGUUUCCUAAAGUGAUCGCUGAACCCAUUCCAAUUGGACAAGCUGCUAAGGACUAUUUAAAUUUAUAUGUAACACCAACUCUGCUUGAAGGACUCACAGAGCUUUGUAAGCAAAAACCAACAGAUCCUUUUAUUUGGCUAGCUGAUUGGCUGCUGAAAAAUAAUCCUAACAAACCUAAACUUUAUCAUCAUCAAAUUGCAGAAGAGUUCUAGCCUCUGCUAAAGAAUAGGUCAUGAAUUAUCUUACUGCAGUGCAUGACGACCUGGAUUUAAUACCCAUCAUCAGAAAGAAUGAGGUGGGGAGGGGGGAAAAAAGAAAGGAAAAGAGAAUACAAGAAAUUUAAUUCUUAAGGGUUUAAGUAACUGUAUGCAAAA